AUGGGGGGAGGCGUAAGCAAUGCGUACUUGGAGUGUGUGGCGUUCUUGAUAUUAUGCACCACAAUCUUUGUCUGCAGUGCUCAGCAGCAAGAAUCUGAAUCUCAGAGACAGCAAGUGGGGAGUUACAUGAAGAUGGUGAGGAACGCGAGCGAGUUACCAUUGAAAGAUUACUACGACUAUAUCAUAGUGGGAGGAGGCACUGCGGGGUGCCCACUCGCGGCCACGCUAUCUCACGCGUUUCGAGUGCUUCUUUUGGAACGAGGAGGAGUUCCCAAUUCCAACCCCAACUUGAUGAAUCAAGAAGGCUUCUUGACAACACUCUUGAACACCAACACGCGCGACUCUUCCGCCCAAGCUUUCACGUCCGAAGACGGGGUCCCCAACGCGCGUGGCCGCGUUCUUGGAGGCAGCAGCGCCAUCAACGCCGGCUUCUACAGCCGUGCCGACGCCGAUUUCUUCACCCGCUCUGGCUUGCCUUGGGACAUGAGGCUCGUGAACGAGUCCUACGAAUGGGUGGAGAGGGAAAUCGUGUUCAGGCCUCAGAUCAAGACUUGGCAAUCCGCGGUUCGCGAUGGCUUGCUCGAAGCAGGGGUAGCUCCCUACAACGGCUUCACUUUAGACCAUGCAACCGGCACUAAAAUCGGCGGUUCCACCUUCGAUACUGCCGGCAGAAGACACACCUCCGCCGAUCUUUUGAGAUAUGCCAGGCCGUCCAACAUCCAGGUCGCCGUUUACGCCACCGUCCAGAGGCUGCUUCUUGCCGCUUCAACUGCAAUCGGUGUCCUCUACCGCGACCACACGGGGAGUUUCCACCAUGCAAUGCUGCGAGAACAUGGUGAGGUCAUUCUCUCCGCCGGUGCCAUUGGAAGCCCUCAGCUUCUUCUUCUGAGUGGGAUUGGUCCCAGGCCUUAUCUCUCUUCCUGGGGAAUUCCAGUGGCCCACCACCUUCCCUACGUGGGGCAUUUCCUCUACGAUAAUCCUCGAAAUGGAAUCACUUUUCUCCCCUCUCAGCCACUGGAGCAUUCACUGAUUCAAGUCGUGGGGAUCACGGAUUCCGGGGUUUACAUCGAAGCCGCAUCCAACGUCAUUCCUUUCACGUCCCCUCAACAGAGUCUCUUUGUACGCUCCCCUUCUUCCUCGCUCCACCUCACCGUGGCCACUCUGAUUUCGAAGAUCUCGGGACCUCUCUCCCGUGGCUUUCUUCGACUGGCUACCACCGACGUGAGCUUCAAUCCUAUUGUGAGAUUCAAUUACUUCAACAACCCCGUCGACCUUGAACGCUGCGUCAACGGCACCAGAAAGAUUGGCGACGUGCUGAGAAGCAGGGCAUUGAACGAUUUCAAAUUCAGCAACUGGGUUGGGAAGAGAGACUUCAGGUUCGUAGGGCCUGCUUUGCCCAUUGACCAAUCGAACUACCUUGAGAUGGCUGAUUUCUGCCGGCGGACGGUGAGCACCAUAUGGCACUAUCAUGGCGGCUGCGUGGUGGGCAGGGUGGUUGAUCAUCGUCUCAAGGUCAUCGGAAUUGGUUCGCUUCGCGUUGUGGAUGGAUCCGUGUUUAGCGUCUCGCCAGGAACCAAUCCUCAGGCCACCCUCAUGAUGCUUGGAAGGUAUUUUGGUCUCAAGAUAAUCAGAGAAAGGGACAGAUAG